AUGUGCGUGGCAUUGCCUACACAAUUGAAGGGAUUGCCAAGUUUUGUGACUAUCCAGGAGGGAGACAUUCUGAUUUUGGUGAGUCUAUGAUCCGUGCUGUCUAGGUCCUGUGCUACUGCGUCUUUGUUUUGAAAUACCAUAGAAUUUGUUGCCUCUGCUCUGCUGCCUAGCUAUUUGGCCAAGUUAAAGGUAUAAAUCACCAUUAAUUGAAGUCGUCUCUCCUGCUAUCUCUUGCCCUACUACAUCUCUGAUCUCACCUCAGGCUGUAUGAUGAGCAUAGCUGAGAAGGACUAUCAUAGAAUUAAAUAGAGUAGAAUAACAAUUGAAUGCGUCUCUGAAGCCUAUUCUCUAGUGACAGCUGGAUUUAAGAUGAGAUGUUGAUUUGUCUUACAGGAAGACAGAUUAGCUGUGCAGUCACACUGGCCGAAGAUGGAUGGCAUCAUCUCUAUCCUAUACGAGAUCUGCGACAGUCUGGGUUGAGUGUCUAAUACAGUAGGCGAGAUGAACGCCGUUAAAAAAAAAAAAAAAACAUUUGCAUAAUACAGUGGGAAAGAUAUGCACCGUUUAAUGGUAGAUUGUCUGUGAGCCACACAGUAGGCAGAAAGAACUAUCCAAGCAGCAUUCAAGAUGAUCUCAGACCGGACAUGUAUCCGCAUCCACGAAUACACCAACGAGAUGAACUACAUACAGAUCCUCUCUGGGAGAGGAUGAGUCCAGAAGACUGAUACGAAACAAAAUGGGAUCGUUAACUAAUUCUCUACAUCCCAGCAGUUUACAAUUAACCCACAACUUCCCCCGAUCUUUUCCUCUGUGUUCAAUCCUUUCUUUUUUUCACUCUUCCCGUCCUUCUAUCCCCUUCCUCCUUUUCAUUUCUCUACUUCCCCUAUAAUUUCCCCUUCUAACUUUUUGUCUUCCUUUGCUUACCCCUCUAGCUUUGCGUCGUAUGUAGGUUUUCAGGGCGGGGUCCAGCCUGUGUACUUCGGUAGCACCUGUAAGGUGGGGAACCUGUGCCAUGAGCUUCUGCAUACCCAUGGAGCGUUGCAGUGUGUGGGCUUUUGUACCAGCCCGGAACGAACACACCUGAUUCAGCUUUUUGUUGUCUAG